AUGGCUCUUGUUCUAUUAGAUCUAUUUCCUUUCUUUUUGCUAUUGCUUGCAGCUCCUGUUCAAGGUCAAUUACAGGAAGGUGUUACUGUACAGUGUUAUUCAUCUGCUGCUGAUUGUACUAGUAAUACUAAUGGAGUCAGUCUUGCAGCUAUUGACUGCUGUAAUAGAACUGGUGGAGGAUAUAUAUCUCAUUCUUCACUAGCUGCAGCACAACAAUGUGGUGCAUGUGUUGUUGUUGGUUUUGAUCAAUCAUGUGUGCAUAUUGGUCCAAGUGAUGCUGGUAGAAGAUACUCAUUUACUGCUGAUGUACUCCUCAGUACUCCUGGGGCUCCUGAUGUUACUGAUCUGGAUUAUGUUAUUUCACGAGAGUCAGCUAUGCUAGUUGAUGUUGCUGACUACUUGAGCUCAGAUUUUGCUGGACGAACCAAUAGUUUUCUACCAGAAAGGUUUAGCAUACGCUAUUUGUCACAAGGGAAUGCUGUUGCUCUCCAACCAACUCUUUCAUUUGAUUACUUGAUUGCUGUUGAAACUGAUCCAGGUGAUCCAGCAAUACCAUCAGGAGUUGUACUUGUAUACAGACGUCUUAGCAUUACAAUAGAGGAUAUAGACAUAAUUACUGUUGGUCUUGAACCUCCAUCAGUAUUUUUAGAAGGUAUAAAUGCUGUAGCUGUCAUUGGACGUCAAGUAAUUACAUAUGAAUCUCCUUUUGAAGUCACUGUCUCACUUGAGAGGUAUACUGGCCCAUUGAGUCAUGAUGAAGCUGCUGUUGGAGACUUUGAUCUCUUCGACUUUACUGAGCAGCGUAGUGUUGUAUUUCACCCAGCAACAGCAAUUGAUCAAUGCUUUGAACAUGUAACAUUCUUCAUGCCACGGGAUAAUAUUGUAGAACUACAAGAAGUGUUUAGAUGGAGACUCAGUGUUAAUGAUUCUAGAGUUAGACUAGAUCCUGAUAAAACAACUCAAAUAGUAAGAGUUGACAAUCAAGAUGUUUUCAGUAUUGGUUUCAAAAGCCUAAAUGUUACUAUCAGAGAAGGAGAAGUUGCCUCAUUAACUAUAAAGCAGAUAGGAGAUGAGAAAGGUGGUAUAGACAUUGGAGGCUUUCCAGAGAGCCGAAUAUACUCAGUUCAAGUGAAACACAAAUCUGGGACUGCUACAAAUGGUAGUGAUUAUUCCCUUAAUUCUGUUGUUCCAAGAUUAACCUACAGUGUUAAUAAUGCACUGAAUGAUAUUCCAUUCACUCCUAUCACAAGUAUUGAUGAUAAUAUCAUUGAGGGAAAUGAAACAAUAAGAGUCAUCAUAUUACCUGUUGGAGAUAAUGUUGUUCAAGUACGGAGAGACCGGCAGACAGCUACCAUCACCAUUAUUGAUGAUGACACUGGUGUGCUGUCAUUAGAGAGAGGAACAUAUGAUAUGAUUGAGAAUGAAGGAACUGUAGAAAUAUGUGCUGUACUAACUGGAGGAGUAUUAUCAACUGAUACAGAAAUUAUUCUACAAGCUAGAGACAACACUGCACGAUUUAGGAGUGACUAUAGAACUCGUAGAGUUCGUCCAAUAUUACAUGCAUUUACAAACAGGACAUGUGGUAGAUUUAAUAUUAUCAAUGAUACCAUUAGAGAAUCACUAUUUGAGAACUUUACAGUAUAUAUAAGUAGUAUCUUUCCAGAAAAUUGUGCAUUAACAGUAGAUUUGAGUUCUUCAUUCAUCAGGAUACAAGAUGAUGAUCAGGCUGAAGUAAGGUUUGCUAUUGGUCAAGCUACAUUCUCUGAAGGAGGAGGAAAUCAAUCAAUCACUGUCAUACUAGGAGGAGGACAAUUGAGUCAAGAACAAACAAUGGAAGUUUACAUUGAUAAUGGAACUAGCAAUGGAAUAUCACUGGGUUUUGUCACUUUUGGUACUGGUGUCUUAACACAGAACAGGAGUAUCAGUUUUCCAGUAGUUGAUAAUAACAUUGCACUGGAACCUGAUAAACAUUAUCUACUAAGAUUAAGAAACAUUGGUAAUAUAGGUUUAGGUAAUCCAGGAACAAUGAAUGUGACUGUAGAGGAUGAUGAUGUCAUUAAUUUGUUCCUGGAAAGAGGGUUGUAUGAUGUUACGGAAAAUCAAACUAGUGUCGAAAUAUGUGUUGUCCUAACUGGAGGAAUUUUAUCAACCCCAAUUAACAUUUACCUUUUUGAUUCUCAACUAACUGCCAAAUAUCAAUUUGAUUACAUUUUCUUCAACUUUCAUGUAAUACUGCCUCCAUAUAAGAACAGUACCUGUGUAACUCUCUACAUUGUCAAUGAUAAUAUAAAGGAAACACUUUAUGAAGUGAUGUAUAUGUACAUCUUCAGAGUAAUUCCUUCGAAUAAAAAUCUGCAUGUGGACUAUACCUGGUCUACAGUUAGGAUACAAGACGAUGAGUAACUUUGACUAUAAUAAUUAGAUAU